GUUUGAGCGCUCUGUUUGGGAUUGUAAGGUCAGCAGGUUCAUAAGCAGACAUUGACGUUGAAUUAUUUGAUGGCUACUGCUUCUAAAACAGAAAGUAGACUUGUUACAGAGCAAAAUAUUUUCAAUUAUUGCAUCUCUGGUGAUUUGAAAUCAUUAAAAGAAUGUGCACGUUCUGUUGGUCAAGUAGUUCAUAAAAAUUCACUUGAUGGUCAAACUUGUCUCAUUGUAGCAUGUAGAAAUGGACAUUUAGAUGUUGCCGAAUACUUAAUCGACUGUCAUGGGGCAGAUGUUGAACAAGUUGGUGUUGUAGAAUUUGAAGGAGAACAAGUAGAAGGUGUACCUCCACUAUGGUGUGCUUCAGCAGCUGGACAUUUAAAAUUAGUUGAAUUGUUAAUUAGUCGUGGUGCAGACGUUAAUCGAACAACAAUUACUAAUUCAACAGCUCUUCGUGCUGCUUGCUUUGAUGGACAUGAACAAGUUGUUCGAUAUCUUGUUGAACAUGGAGCAAAUAUUGAAAAUCCAAAUCGUCACGGCCAUACUUGUCUCAUGAUUAGUUGUUAUCGUCGUCAUGAUAGUAUUGUAGAAUAUCUACUUAGUAAAAAUGCUCGAGUUAAUCGAAGAAGUGCUAAAGGUAACACUGCAUUACAUGAUUGUACAGAAAGUGGCAAUUUAAAAUGUUUACAAUUAUUGUUAAAUCAUCGAGCUAUUAUGCGUAAAGAUGAAUAUGGUCAAUUACCAAUUAUGUCUGGUGCAAAUGCAGCUUACAAAAAAAUUGUAGAUUAUUUGGCUACUGUUGAAAUUCCUGAUUCAACACAAACAAUAAGUGUUAGUGAAAAAGCUGCUGCAUAUGAUCUACUUGGUGCUAGUCUAUUCGAUCGACAUUCUUUAAUUCAAGACGCUAUAGCUGCUUGGUAUCAUGCGAUAAAUUUACGCCAAGAGUUGUCUACUUAUUAUAAUAAUAAUAAUAGUAAUAAUAAUAGUGGUAAUAAUAAAUUUAUUCCACAUCCAGUACCACAAUGCUCUUGUAUGAAUGAAUUAAUGUCAUGUGUUGAAGGGCAACCAACAAUGACAACCACUACCACCACCACUACAACAACUACUACUACUUCAACUACUAAUUCAUCCAAUAAUUGUUGGUCAUUGAUUUCAUUAGCUGCACGUGAAGCAAUUGGAAUGGCUGAAACUAGUCGAUUUGAUGAACAACAUUAUUCGUUAACAUCUAAUUGGCAACGUCAUAAAAGAUCUACAAGAAUUCAUGACAUUUUAUUUAAAAGUUAUAAUUCCACAAAAUUUCAUCAUCAUAAUUCAAUUCAUCAAUCAGCUAUACGACAAAAGUCUACAACGAAAUAUUCACAAGAUUUACAUGAAUUAUUUCAAAGAAAAUAUAAAAAAUUACAAACUGAUUUACAAAAUGCUUAUCAAUGUAAAUUUGAACAUUUAGGUCAUUCAUUGUAUCGUUCGAAUUCAUUAAAAGAUUAUACUGUUGAUGUACAAUCACCACCGUUUUGUUCAGUGUUUCUUCAAGGUUCGCAUAAUUCACGUUUAGGUUUACGUCGUAAUGGUUCUAGUGAGUAUUUUGAUCAGUCUUCUCCUACCAAUUCAAUAUUAUCACAAGGUAUUUGUAGAUCAUCACCAUCACCAACGAAUUCUUUAAAUUUUGGAACAUCUUCAUCCUCCUCUCCACCACCUUUAUCAACAACAGGACAUCAUAGUGGCAGUUGUGCUGGUGGUGUUUUCGUCCAAUCUGUUACACCCGUCGAUCCUAUUCUAGGCUUUGAACCGAAAUGUUGUAAAAUUGCACGAUAUCGUCGAUGGCUUCUGGAGCCUAUUCAUCAAAAUUACCAAGUCAGAUCUUCGACAACACCUGAUCAUAAUAACACUAGUAACAUAUUGCAUAAUAAUACAGAGGAUUUCACUCCAUCCAAAGUCAUAAAUCAAUGUCCUCAUUGUAAACAAAUACUUGUUUCAAUGAAUAAUUUAAGUGAAGAAAGUCUACUUUCAAAUCAAUCCACCUGUCCCAUUUGUAAGACAUCACUAGUAGUAAAUCAUUCUUUGAAUUCUUCAAAUGAAAAUCAAACAGUCCAUUCAACAAAUCAGUAUUCUAAACUAUCUUAUCCUUACGAAUCAAAUAAUAAUGAUGAUAAUAAUCAUAAUUAUUAUAAUAAUAAUGAGAAUAAUCUUAAAUAUGUUUGUCCAGUGUGUCAUUUUGCUACUGAAAAUCAUCCGUUAAUUCGUCGAUUAAAACAAUGUGGUGAAGAAGCUUUUGGACAUGUUUGUGAAUUUCAAACACGUGAAGAUCUAGCCAGUUUAAUGUCAAAUACACAUGUUCUACGCUUACAAUCAUUGCUUAUACGCUUACGUAUAUUAGGUCCAGAUCAUCCAGAUACCAUUUAUUUUAUCCGUUAUCGUGGAGCAAUUUAUGCAGAUGCAGAUAAUUUUCAUCAAUGUUUAAGUUUAUGGCGUUAUGCAUUAGAAUUACAACGUACAUUUGUUGAACCAUUAUGUCAUGUAUCACAAGCUGCAUUUGUUAGUUUUGCUGAAUUAUUUCAUUUUGUAUUAACAAAUAAUUGUAUUGGUUUACCAGCAAAAGAUUUAGAUCCAACAUUAAUUGUAGAUUGUUUAGAAUUAGCUGUUGAUAAUAUUGAACGUGGAAUGGAUUAUUCAUUUUAUCAUUGGCAUCAUCGACAUCCAUGGUCAUAUACAGCAGCGGAUAAAGAAGCGAUUAAUUUAAUGCGUCAUGUAUCAUUAUGUUUACAUUUUAUAGCAAUGAUUCUUAUUCAUUAUAUGCCAAAUUGUAAAGCUUUACCAACCAUACGUUCUAUUCGACGUCAAUUAUCUAAUUUAACACAAGUAGUUGAAGAAAAUUUUAAUGAAUUAUUACAAAAUUCUACAUUGAAUUUAUCAAAUAUUAUGCUUAAUCAACAAGAGCUAAUUAGUAAUAAUAAUAAUAGUAGUACUGAAAAUGAAUCACAAACAGAUAGUUUAUCUAAUGAUAUGAAAAAACGUAUGCCAAUUGAAUUGAAACAACGAUUUUUCCGUCAAUUGGAUUGUAGUGGUUAUCAGUUUCGGUGUUUAGAGCGAAAGAAACGGGGUUCGAGUCUCGAUGUGAACAUCAAUACUGGGAUGUGGUAAAUACAUCCAUCUGACAAGUCUCAAACUGAAAAAAAACUCACGCUUCUUAGAUUCCACUGUUAACCACUCUAUAAAAUUUACUUACAAAUACUUAUGACUAAUGUCGAAAUCGAAACUGGUCAAUUGUAGUCCUUAACACAAACAACGGAGAGGUUUAUAGAUUAGUCAAGUUAGAUCCUAGAGUACAUCGUGGUCAAAGUUUAAUACAUUUAGCUUGUUCACCAGAAACUUCAACUGUUGGUCGUUUUGUAAUUUGUACUUUUCCAAAUGUCAAUGUUUUAUCUUUGCUAUUUGAAUUAGGCGCUGAUGCUAAUUGUGCUGAUGUUGAUGGACAACGUCCGAUUGGUCAUGUUUUAGCACAACGUCGAUUAAAAAGUUCUGAACAUGCCUCUCUUGUUCAUACUCUGGUUAAAUGUGGUGCUCAUUUAGAUGCAACCAAUCGGAAUUCUCUAACUAUCCUCUAUAAACGUUUUCAUCAUGUACUCCUAGAAUCUCGUGUACAAAUCUUGGAUCAUGUGACUUUAGCUUGUCAUGCUGCUCGUGUAGCAAAUCAUUAUGGAUUAACUGCAUCGAAUCCAUCAGUUCAAGCUUAUUUACCGAAUAAUUUAUUAUUUUUCUUACAAAUGCAUCAGUAAACAACUAAAUAAUAACAGGGGUUAAACGGCUUGAUGUAUUUUUUUCUACUUUAACUUAAAAUCAAAAACUUUGUUUACUCUAAUUGUUUGGUUGUUUCCCACCCCACCCCCAGUUUUCUCAAAAAUUUGGUUCAAUCGUUAAUAAUAUUAAAAGGAACGAAAAAAAACAAUACAAAACAGCACAAUAUCCCUGUACACAACUAUUUUUUCUUCUUUAAAUUCUUAUAGUUUUAAUCUCUUUAUAUGAGUUGUUUCCUCCACACCCCCCCCAUCGCUCUCCGUUACCAACCCCCCACCCACCCAGAAACACAUAUACCCACUGCGCCAACAUAUUACUAUCACAUAUGAAUGUAUUUUGUUAAAAAACAAAUUGUAUAAUCACUUAUUUUAAGUGUUUAAUUUGAUCAGAAAGAUGUUCCAUUGAUUAAUUGAAAUAAAAUACUUUUCUAUUUUCAUUGUGUGAUAUUUAUUGUUAAAGUCUAUUCGUGUUUACUAAUGACUCGUCUUAUUAUUAUGAUGAUGAUGAUUAGAAUUCCUUUCGAUUGAUUUUCCCUAUCGUUAUACAUACACAUUUGUUUCUGUACAGAACUUUUUUUUAUAUAGAUGAAUGAAUGAAUGAAUCAAAUGCCUUUGAUACUGAAAACAAUAAGGCAAAGAGAGAGAGAGAGUGAGUAAAAGUUUGUUCUUGUUUUGUUUUAUUGGUUAAUGAUUUGUAAACGUAAAAUAAAUUAGAUUAUCUACUUUAUU